GAGAGCUGAGCUGCACCGAAGUGAGAGGACACGGGUUUCUCUGCUUAUUCUCACUGUUGGAGUCGGGUACUAUCCCAGGUGCUGCAUACGAGAAAGAAGAAUUGUUGCAGAAUUUAUUGGGGCAGAUUGCUGAGCAGUUCUCGAGUGGAAGGCCUGAAAGUAGUGGAGAUUGAGAAAUGCAAGAGCGACAUUAAAAAGAUGAGGGAGGAAAUGGCAGCAAGAAGCAGCAGGACUAACUGUCCCUGCAAGUACAGCUUUUUGGAUGAAAACAAGAGGCUAACUCCCCGGCGGGAUGUACCAUCCUACCCAAAGUACAUGCUGUCCCAGGAGACCAUAGAAGCCCUUCGGAAACCAACCUUUGACGUCUGGCUGUGGGAGCCCAAUGAGAUGCUGAGUUGUUUGGAGCAUAUGUACCAUGAUCUUGGGUUGGUAAAAGACUUCAACAUCAAUCCUAUCACAUUAAAGAGGUGGCUACUGUGUAUUCAUGACAAUUACAGAAACAACCCCUUUCAUAAUUUCCGGCACUGCUUCUGCGUGACCCAGAUGAUGUACAGCAUGAUCUCACUCUGCAGCCUCCAGGAGAAAUUUUCCCAAAUUGACAUCUUGAUUCUCAUGACUGCAGCGGUAUGCCAUGACUUGGACCAUCCGGGCUAUAAUAAUACCUAUCAGAUAAAUGCACGAACUGAGCUUGCAGUACGCUACAAUGACAUCUCCCCGCUGGAGAACCACCACUGUGCUGUGGCUUUUCAGAUCAUUUCCCAGCCAGAAUACAACAUUUUCUCCAAUGUCGACCAGGACCAAUUCAAACAGAUAAGACAGGGGAUAAUUACGUUAAUCCUGGCUACAGACAUGGCGAGACAUGCAGAAAUACUGGAUUCUUUCAAGGAGAAAAUGGAAAAUUUUGAUUAUUCAAAUGAAGAGCACAUGACAUGUCUGAAGAUGGUACUGAUAAAAUGCUGUGAUAUCUCCAAUGAAGUCCGCCCGAUGGAAGUAGCAGAGCCUUGGGUAGAUUGCUUACUAGAGGAAUACUUUAUGCAGAGCGACCGAGAAAAAUCUGAGGGGCUUCCAGUAGCACCGUUCAUGGACCGUGAUAAAGUGACCAAGCCGACAGCACAGAUAGGCUUCCUGAAGUUCGUUCUCAUCCCCAUGUUCGAAACAGUAACAAAGCUGUUCCCAGAAGUGGAAGAGGUGAUGCUCCAGCCACUUUGGGAAUCCAGGGACCGCUAUGAGGAAUUAAAACAGAUAGAUGAUGCUAUGAAAGAGUUGCAGAAAAAGAAAAGUGAAAGUUUGACCACCAGCAGUACCGAAAAGUGAGACGAAAAUGACUUUGAGAAAGACAUAAGCCCUAAGGUUAUUCUGGUUUUGAGAAAUACUGUAUUUGCCAAACAGACAUGGUGACUGUGUCAACUGGGACGAUGUAUGCGGAGGGGUGGCAGGCACGGAUGCCCUGCCUGCCCGUCUGCCUGCCCGGGCGCCUUGUCUACAGCCUGCAGCCUGCUCACACAGGCACUGCCACCAUCAGGCAUUAAGAGCUCCCCUCACUCCAGCAUGCCCACCGCAGCCCCCCCAGCAGGUCUUCCCCUGUGGAUAUUGCACAGGUUGCAGACAGCUCAAAUCUUCAGCAGAUUUGCCUUUUUGGUGACCACACCGACCACAGUCUGUAGAGACAAGGCAGAGUUUAGCUAAGAAGCCUUUUCUGGAAAAUGAUCCACUGGCAUCCAAAAAUAAGAAAAAGUUGUUUUAGUCAAGGUACUAUAUAUGUAUGUGUACAGCAGUCUGCUAAUUACAGCAUAGCUUAACAGAUGCUUAUAUUCUGACAAGGGUCCUGGCAUAUAUUUUUGUUUGCCUAGUAGGCCCUAAUGACACAUUUCUCUGUAUUAGUCUCUGAAUUUUAUAGUGUUCACAGUACAUUCAGAAGCCCAGCAUAGCGGAUGAAGUUUUUGUUUUGUUUUGUUUUCUACGCUAGAAGAAAUCAGAAGAAACCUUAGUGAGUUUGCAGGAUCGCUUUGUGGCCUGCUACAGCUAGACAUCACGGGAUCCUUCAGCACGAGCAAAGAAGGGAGCACAAAGUUGAUACCACUGUGCAAGCAUAGUUUUAUCCUUGUGGAUGCAAAAAGCAACAACAAGAAAAACCUUCAAAGAUGUACAGACUUUUUUAACUUUUAAAUUGAUCUGCUAAAUAAUAUAUUCUUCUA